UUCUGCUGAGUGGGGUGUAGUUCAAUCGAAUCGCGUACACUCACUGCAGGCAUCAAAUCUUCUCCACUACAAUACCGAUUGACUUCUGGUUGGUCGAAUGAUCACAUCGAUUCUACACCAGGCCUUCACAUAGAUUCUGUCAAAUCAAAUCAGUGACGGGCCAAAGCCAAGGCCUAUCCUACUCUUGAAGUCUCGACGGCGAGAAAGGGAGGAGGACAACACGCGCGCGCACACAGAGCAGCGGGCGGGGCUGGGUUUGCCUUUUUGUUUUCUUCUAUUUUAUUGGGUAUUUCUCUUUGGCGCGCUUUUCCGACCCGGAACUGAAACCUCUCUCUAUCUCUCUUCCCCAAUUUGAUUUGAUUUCAUGUCAUGAAUGAGUGAAAGCGCAGCAGCCCAAAGAAGACGACAACGGCAACGACGACGUUGAUGGUGUUCUUCUUCUUCUUCUUCAGUUUCUGGGAGCGAAUUGUCUCUGAAAUCUGAACCACGGAGGAGAAGAGAGGCCAGGGGGAUUGAUUUGGAUUUGGGGGAAGGGGAAGAAGAUGCCAGUGGCCAAACCCGAAGCGUCCGAUUCUCGAGUUAUUGCUCACAUCGACAUGGACUGCUUCUAUGUCCAAGUGGAGCAACGGAAGCACCCCCAGCUCAGGGGCUUGCCCACUGCCGUCGUACAGUAUAACUCAUGGAAGGGCGGAGGCCUCAUCGCCGUCAGUUACGAGGCCCGCAACUAUGGCGUCAAGCGCUCUAUGCGAGGGGAUGAAGCAAAGGAAGUCUGUCCUGAGAUACAGCUUGUCCAAGUUCCUGUUGCCCGCGGUAAAGCCGAUUUGAAUACCUACAGAGAAGCUGGUUCUCAGGUGGUAUCAAUUCUCGCAAGGAGGGGCCGCUGCGAACGGUCCUCCAUUGAUGAGGUCUACCUCGAUCUCACCGAUGCAGCAGAAAGGAUGCUCACUGAAACUUCGCCUCAUAGCCUGGAGACAAUAAUUGAAGAAGCUUUGAAGUCGCACGUUUUGGGGAUUACUAGUCGGGAGGAUGGCAUUGAUGUGAAGGAAAAAGUAAGGGAAUGGCUCUGUAAAAGUGAUGCUGAUCGCCGUGAUAAGUUAUUAGCUUGUGGGGUCCUUAUUGUUGCAGACCUCAGGAUGCAAGUCCUCCAGGAGACACAGUUCACAUGCUCAGCAGGGAUUGCUCAUAAUAAGAUGUUAGCAAAGCUUGCUAGUGCAAUGAAUAAGCCUGCACAGCAAACCGCCGUACCUUUUUCCUCUGUAAAAGGACUCCUUGAGUCUUUUCCUAUCAAGAAGAUGAAGCAGCUUGGAGGAAAGCUUGGAAGUUCUUUACAGACUGAUCUUGGUGUGAAUACUGUUGGAGAUCUAUGGCAAUUUUCAGAGGGAAAGCUGCAAGAACGUUAUGGCAUCAAUACUGGCACUUGGCUGUGGAAUAUAGCCAGAGGAAUCAAUGGGGAAGAAGUUGAAGGUCGUCUUCUUCCCAAGAGUCAUGGUUCUGGGAAGACAUUUCCUGGUCCCAGGGCUUUGAAGAAUCUUCCUUCUGUCCAACAUUGGCUCAAUGAGCUGUGUGAAGAGCUGAGUGAGCGUCUACAGUCAGACUUGGAGCACAAUAGGAGGAUUGCCCGGAAUCUGACCCUGCAUGCUCAUGCAUAUAAGCCCAAUGACUCUGAUUCACAUGACAAAUUCCCUUCAAAAUCAUGUGCAUUAAGAUACGGGACUCUGAAGAUUCAAGAAGACGCCAUGAACCUUUUUCAAGUAGGAUUGCGUGAAUUUUUGGACUCAUCCAAAGUUACACAAGGCGGAUGGGGAAUAACGGGACUUUCUGUUUCUGCUAGCAAAAUUAUUGCAAUACCAAGCGGUACAUGUUCAAUCAAAAAAUACUUUCAGGGCCAGCAACCAAUUUGCUCUUCAUCAAAGCCGUUAGAAGAUGGAUAUAUUGAAACAACAGAACAUCCAUCUCUGUCAUUCUCUGGAGAUGAAGAUUCAACCAGCGUCCCAAUAGAAUUACCUGGGCAAGAGGUCCCCUAUUUUCCAUGCAACGGGGUGGACUUUGGCCAGGAAGCUGCAGCUUCAACUUCAGGGCUCACUUUUUGUGUAGGAAGAGAAAGCUGCUCAGAGUCAAAUUUGGUAGAGCCAGAGAGUACAUUGCCUGAAGAACCUAGGCGUGAGCCUAAGACGCAUGCUUUGGAUCAGCAAGUCAGAAAGAAUCCAUCGGUAGAAAAGGGAAAAUCGUCUUCAAUCUUGGACUUCUUUAGAAGGGCCGAUACGAACAGCCCUUUACAGAAGCAGGAUCAAGCUGAUAAAAUGCAAGGCCGCCAUCAGAGUCACAGGAGGGGCUCAAGUCAGGAAAGAGAGACAUGGCAUUACAAGGCUGAUGAGAUUGAUCCCUCAGUGAUUAACGAGUUGCCCCCUGAAUUCCAGGAAGAAGUUCGUGACUGGCUUCGGCCUCUUAAGCGGCCUAAUGUAGUGAAGGGAGGGUCCGGUGUCAGUAUUGCGUCUUUCUUCUCAUCAACCAAUAAACCCUAGCUCCCCCCUCCUCUCCUUGCAUUGUGGUCGAAAUAUUGUCCCUCACAAGAACUUCAGAGAAGCACCAUUUGUAGCGACAAAUGGUUGGAUAUGUGUAUUUUAUUGAUCAAUUUGUAUUCCUUGAUUGUAAACAUGAGCUUUAUGUUGUCUGCAGGUUGAACUCUCUCUUAACAAUGAUUGUCUAAUAUUUUAUUUAAGUUAAUCCACAUCUAAUAGUC